AUGGCUCAGACCGUUCCACCAUCUCGAACGAAGCCGCUUACAAUUUUCAAGAUGGGUUUAGCCUCUGCAAGCGUCCGAUUGGUUAACCUUGCUUCUCAUUCGAAGAGGAAGCUUCGUCGUUGGGCUGCCUGUUAUGGCUCUAGAGAUUAUGAACCUGUUAUAUAUCUCCAAAACGACAUGACGAUGAUGAACAAUGGUGGUGUUUAUGAAUACAACGGAGACCCGAGCAUGUUGCUGAGUGGGGAUCAGAGACGAGGUCCGUUGUGGCAGAAGAACAUUCUCAUGGGAGGAAAAUGCCAGCUUCCAGAUUUCUCAGGUGUUAUAUUGUAUGAUGCUGAUGGACAAGUUGUUCCUCCGGCCAAGAACUCUCUUCCUUUGCUCACCUGGAAGUGA